ACACGGUCGCAAUCAAAGGAGUCGUUUUUAAUUGUGGAAAUACUUAAACAUCUGAGUAAAAUCAAUCUAGAUCGAUUUUCAACAUUUUUUGCACUGUGUUGAAGCUUAAAUUUUAGCCUGUGAGGUUAUCUUUAGAAUUAAUAUGAGAUUAAAUUUAGGCUGUUUACCCUUCAGAAUUUAUAAUUCAUUAUUUCCGCCUUUCAGUAUGUAUCUUGUACAAAAAAAAAUUAUUCGACAAAUAGCGUUUGUUCCCGCGUAUAAACCGCCAGACCAAAAAGAUUUUAAAAAAUUGCGUGAUUUUCUUCUAAGGCACAAUAAGUUUCUUAUUUUAACAGGUGCUGGAAUAUCUACAGAAUCAGGUAUUCCCGAUUAUCGAUCUGAAGAGGUUGGAUUGUAUGCACGCAGUAAUCACAAACCAAUUCAGUACCAAGAAUUUGUAAAGUACCCCAAAGUGAGACAAAGGUAUUGGGCCAGAAAUUUUGUGGGUUGGCCAAGGUUUAGUUCCAUAAAACCAAAUGCCACUCACAAUGCCAUUAGAGAACUGGAAAAGAUUGGAAAGGUAACCACAGUUGUAACGCAGAAUGUAGAUAGACUGCAUCAUAAGGCAGGUACAGAAAAUGUAAUUGAACUUCAUGGGACUGGCUAUAUUGUUAAAUGUCUAUAUUGUCCUUAUGAAAUAGACCGGUUUGAACUUCAGGAAAUAUUAAUGAAGAAUAACCCUAGCAUGCAUGCCAGUGUCAAUAUGAUACGACCAGAUGGAGAUGUUGAUUUAUCUAAGGAGGAGGUAGAGAGAUUUCGAACACCGCUGUGCCCGGUCUGUGAAGGUCCUCUUAAACCAGAUAUUAUAUUCUUUGGUGAUAAUGUUCCCAAAGAAAGAGUAGAAAAAGUAAGAAAACAGGUAUCAGCCAGUGAUGCUGUAUUUGUACUAGGGUCUAGUUUAACUGUAUAUUCAAGUUAUAGAAUAAUUUUGCAAGCCAAAGAAGAAAAUAAAGAAGUUGCUGUCUUAAACAUAGGGCCAACAAGAGCGGAUGAUAUUGUAGAUCUAAAAAUUUCUACAAAAUGUGGGGAGAUAUUAACUGACCUAACCAAUACUCUAUGUACUUGAUAAGAGUAUACCUUACAUUAGAUAUUGUGUACAAUAAUAGGUCAAGUCAGGGUUUCUCAACCUUAUUAAGCUAGCGGCACACUUUAAAGUUAUUAAUUUGUCACGGCACCCGCAUCAGCGAGUUAAAAUGUAGGUACUUGUUAGUUAGACAGGCCCAAAAAUAAAACACGAGGAAAAAAAAUUAAACAAUUAAGAAAAAUAAUACUACCCUAACAAUGAACUGCACAAAGAUAUUAAUAAAAUAUUUUUCUGCAGUACGGAAAGGAUGCCUCGCAGUGCACUUCUGUACUUUUUACGGGCGCCAAAUUGUGAAACCCUGGGUCAGGUAGUUAAAAAUUUGUAAAUAAAUAAUAAAUUAUUGAAUAGUUA